GCUGCUUAUUGCUUGCGCUUAGCAACGGGACUCAAAAUAAGCCUCCUUGCAGACUGAAAUCGAAGGAAACUCUACAUAACAUAACCCCAAAACAAGGAAAACUUAGAGAAGAGUCGUUUGCAAAAAUAAUUAUUGCAAUCUGAAUUUAGCUGAUUCAAGAUGGGUCAGACCCUGACAAGAGCAGCGAAGUGGACAUCAGCCAGUGAGGGUGGUGAAGGAAAGCUAGAAUUCACACCGGUCAAUGAGAGUCUUCUUAACAGCAUCAUCAAGUUUGUAGAGCCAUUCCCCUCCAAGCAUCCAAACGAAGCCAGCCUUGUCUUCAGAAACCCUCUACAAUGGAAAACCAAUCUUGAAGCAUCAGCUUUCUCUGGAGACUAUGAACAUAAUGAUGAUGGUGUAUGUUCCAAUGCAACUGAUAAAGACGAGCAGCCACUACUUCAACUUCAGAAACUUGGUGAGCUACACUCCAAGCUUACCGUUCGAUCUAUGGAGCAGCUCGCAGCAGUUCUCAGGGUUGCUGGAGAGAAGAAGAUGAUAGAGACGAGGGCAAUCUUAGAAAGCAACAGAGAUCCGCUAGCUAAGAUCCUUGGCGAAGGCUUUGCUACGGUAGAAGGAGAGGACAACUCAGCAAUUAGACUGUUAGAGGAAACACAGAAAGAUGACUCGGAUGAGGCUCAAGAGAAGAGAUUGAAGGUCAAACUUCUCCUUCUUAUCAAAGACUUUGACAUGCAGCUUAUGAACCAAUAUCUCUCAGAGGUUUCAGAGGAUAUUCGUCUGACUCCACAGCAAGUGAACGAUGAGGUGGAACUGCUUCACAAGUUCAGUGGCGAUGACAGUCACUGUGCCUUGGAGUCAAUCUGCUUCUCCUCUGACUACCAGUUUGACAAUGGUUGCCAUGCCCCACCCUGGAGACAGGUCCAUGGUGAUAUUGGCUAUCUGCUCAUAAAACCUCAUGAUGCUGACCAGCUCUCGGUGACCGCCAAUACUGCUGGAAUUUAUGAAAACAAGGGCUGUCAAAAAGAAGGUGAAGAGAUGGACUACGAAAGAGUUGGUAAUAUCUACCGCAGCCUGGUCGCCCUGCUCUCUUCCAAGAGCGCCAAGUUCAAGCAGGUUAUCGACAGUAAGGAAUUUCAACUGCAGGGCGAUAAUAACCCCGAGCAAAUCAGCAACUACGAAGAGGACUUUGACGAGGAGGAUGGUACGGGGGAGAGAACGGCAAGAGAAGAGAAGAAAGAAGAGAAGGAAGAGGAAAAGAAAAAGAAAGAGAGAAAAACAAGAAAGAAAACUAAACCAGCCAAGACCACGAAACAAGCCACACUAAACUGGAAAAACGAUCUGAACAAAGAGAAAGAUGAUGAAAAGAAGGAAAAACAGGAGAAAAUCUCAAGACAGACGAGUGAUCGGUUGAAAUCCAAGACCCCUGCCAUGGAAGACGACUUCUCCUCCAGCUCUUCGGAGUCUGAAGAGGAGGAAGAGACCACAGACAGGAGGCAGGAGCAGAAUUCAGAUCUUCCUUCCGAGUACUGGCAGAUUCAGAAACUUGUCAAAUACCUGAAGGGAGGUAACCAGACUGCUACUGUGAUUGCAUUGUGCGCCUGUCGAGAUUUCAACUUAGCUCAAGAGACAUGUCAGCUAGCAAUCAGGGAUGUCGGUGGACUGGAGGUUCUUAUCAACCUUCUAGAGACAGAGGAGAUCAAAUGCAAGAUUGGUGCACUCAAGAUCUUGAAGGAGAUCUCUCAAAAUACCCAGAUCCGUCGGGCAAUCGCUGACCUGGGUGGACUUCAGACUAUGGUGAAAAUCCUGAAAUCACACGACAAGGAGCUCAAGUGCCUAGCAGCGGAGACCACCGCCCACGUAGCCAAGUUUAGGAGAGCCCGUAGGACGGUCAGACAGCAUGGAGGCAUCAGAAAGCUGGUUGCACUCCUUGACUGUGCACCAUUGGGUUCUGGGUCGGUCUCUGCUGAAAUGGAAAAGGAUAUCAGCGUUGCCCGCUGUGGGGCGCUUGCCCUCUGGAGCUGCAGUAAGAGCACCAAGAAUAAGCAAGCCAUCAGGAAGGCCGGUGGCAUUCCUCUCUUGGCCCGUCUUCUGAAGUCGCCCCAUGAGAACAUGCUGAUACCUGUCGUUGGUACCCUCCAGGAAUGUGCUUCUGAGCAUAGCUACCGACUUGCCAUCAGAACAGAGGGCAUGAUCGAAGACCUGGUCAAGAAUCUCAACAGUGAGAACCAGGAGCUGCAAAUGCACUGCGCCAGCGCCAUCUUUAAAUGUGCGGAAGAGAAGGAGACCCGGGACCUGGUCAGGACCUACGGCGGUCUGGAUCCUAUGGUCUCUCUCUUGGACAAUUCAGAUAACAAGGAGUUGCUUGCUGCGGCCACCGGUGCCAUCUGGAAGUGUGCCAUGAGCCCGGAGAAUGUGAUGCGCUUCCAGGAAUUGAAGGCUAUUGAAAGGCUCGUUUCUCUGCUGAACGACCAGCCAGAGGAGGUGCUUGUCAAUGUUGUUGGAGCCCUAGGAGAGUGUGCAGCCCAGGAACCGUCCAACAGGCAACUGAUUCGCAAAGCAGGAGGUAUCCCAUCCUUGGUCAAUCUCCUGACGGGUACCAACCAAGCCCUUCUUGUCAACGUGACCAAGGCUGUAGGAGCAUGCGCCACAGAAGCUGAUAACAUGGGUAUUAUUGAUCGGUUGGAUGGAGUGCGAUUGCUUUGGUCUCUUCUGAAGAACCAGAAUCCUGAGGUUCAAGCCAGUGCGGCCUGGGCUAUCUGUCCCUGCAUUGAAAAUGCCAAGGAUGCUGGUGAAAUGGUUAGGUCUUUUGUUGGUGGGUUGGAGCUCAUCGUGAGCCUCCUCAAAUCAGAAGACAAAGAGGUACUGGCAAGCGUGUGUGCAGCCAUAGCAAACAUUGCCAAGGAUGAAGAAAACUUGGCUGUAAUCACAGACCACGGAGUUGUGCCCAUGCUAGCUAGACUAGCCUCAACCACGGAUGAUAAACUGAGGAGACAUUUAGCCGAUGCCAUCGCCAGAUGCUGUAUGUGGGGCAACAACAGGGUGGCAUUUGGUCAGAAUGAGGCCGUGGCCCCACUGGUCAACUACCUGAAGUCGCCCGAUGCAUCCGUCCAUUGUGCUACGGCAGAAGCCCUCUACCAACUAUCCCGAGAUCCAAACAACUGCAUUACAAUGCACGAGAGUGGUGUUGUCAAGCUCCUUGUCUUUAUGGUGGGCUCAGAGGUACCUGCUUUACAAGAAGCUGCUGCAGGCUGCAUUGGAAAUAUCAGAAGACUGGCUCUGGCCAAUGAGAAGGCCCGAUAUAAAUAGAUUUCAACCCAACCACAAGCUUUCAACCAAUUAGAAGAUAAGACACAGAGUGCCUGUGACCUCUUGCAGCACCAAGAAUUUAUUGAUUUCAUGCAGUUACUGCAUACCUUCAGGAGAACAGUUGGAAGGGACACAGUCUUAAGACCUCAGAGAUCUUACAUUAAUUGGAACUAUACCUUGACUCUUCUAUUGUAAACUAGACAGAUUCGGGUUCAUACGACAUCAUGUAGAUGCUGAAUUUCUUUUUGGAUUUGUGGAAACAAUUAACGCAGAAUAAGAAGUUUGGACUAUGAAACAUGGCAUGUUGUUUCUGAAGACGAGUAAAUUGUAUUAUUUACAUGUGUGACAUUAUUGUAUGCUUUCCGCACUCGGAAUGUAAGCAAUUUUUAUUGCUAAUAUUUUUUUUUCAAUCUCACUCUUUACAACAUUCUUUCAAAUGGCUAAAUUUACAGUGCCUUCCAUUUCGAGCAAUAUUUCUGCAAAUUUUCUUUUCUCCCACUUUCCAUUGUUAUGCUUCUUUCAAAGUUUAUGUUGUAUGGUUUUUCUUUUUAUAGAGUUCUUAAAUAUGAGGGAUGAAAUCCCAUUUUCUGUUUCACUUUCUGAAGAAAUUAAACACAACAUUGUUAUCUCAGAGUGUAGUGGUUUCACAGUACACCAUGUUAUGCGAAUGCCCACUAAGGAAUACAUGGUCUUCCGUGAAACCACUACUCUUCUUCUUCACCAUGAAAAUCUUCAGAAGUUACAUUUUUAUCUUACCUGCCUACAAGCAUAUUCAUCUAUAUCAAUUUCACUUUUUUCAUUUUUCUAAAGAAAACUGACAUUAAUCUUUGUCUUAUUAAGAGGGGGUGGGAUUAGUGAAUGUCACUUUAUACAAAAAAAUAUUGAACAUAUAAACAGAUAUGUUGACAUCAGUGGAAAAUAGUUUGUCAUUUAAUUGGUUCAUUUCAUUUUUAUGUAUGAAAAAGUCUGUAAGUCUACAUAAAAAAAAUGUUUGUAAAUAUAUUUAUAGGUAACAUUCUACAAAAUACUUUAUUUGUACCAAUCUAUUGAAAGUGAAACAUUGAAUUUUAUUGAAGACUUGUAAAUUAUAUAUGUUAAGAUAAUCUAUAUUGGUAUAGUCUAAUCAGUGGCAGAGUAAGGAUAGUCAAUGAGGGUGGUAUGAAGGGACACACUUUAAAGAAAACAAAUGAUGGAGGCAGCUACCUCCAAGUUUUUCAGAAAAUAAUCCCAAAAGCACAUGAUUCUUUGAAGAUAUUUUCCUUUUUAUACAUUUUUUUAUAUAUCAUAUGACUAGAAUUGGGAGAAGUGACACGUGCACCCACAACUGUAAUUCAUUUGCUAUUCCUGUGUCUAUCAUAAUAUAAAAAGACAUGUGUUAUAUAUGUGAUAAUGUUAAUUUGCAUGAAUAUAUUCUAGUGAAUAGUGAUUGUGGAAACACUGUAUAUAUUGUAUAUGAAUAAAAUCUUAUUAUUAA